UAUUAACUUUGAGAGAUUUUGGUUUGUUUUUGUAGAGAACAUCUUCUGGUGCCGUGACUGCAGCCGAAAAAUGCUUUUACUGCGUGUGACAAACGCUUGUAAUGUAUGUUGAUUAUUGGAUAAGUUUUGCAUUUUUGAAAUAAUAUAUGAGCUAAACGGUGCAGCUUUAUUCUGCAGACAAGAGGGGCAUUUUUUAAAUGAUCCGAAUUAGGAUAUCAGGAGACAGUGAUAAGAUGUAUGAUUAACAACUUAUGCAUAAUGAGCCAAAUGAAAUUGUAUUUUUAAUAUGACUGACUUGGUAAAUCUGAAAUACAUCGUUAUUUUGUAGUUUGAAAACUUUAUUUCCAUUAAAGCAGCACUAGCGACAAUAUUGGAGCACACAGAGGUAUUUUAGUAGAAAAUAAUUUUAAAUGCAAAACAGUAUAUAAAGCUACAUCUCUGUUUAUUUUCCUUCAAGAGAAGAGGUCGAGUCCAUACCAUAUUAUGGCUCAUUACGCAUGACGCACAAUGCACUUUAGGCAAAGCGUCAAAUUUCUGUCACCAGGUAAACAAGGAACCCACAUGGAGCCCGAAAGUCUUAUUCAACACAUUGAACGAGACAUGGAGGUCACUCUAGAGCCGUUAUCAGUGACCGCUGACUGGCUGGAGGACGGAAACGAGACGACCGGGAAUCAGUUCCAGCAGCCCGACUGGCAGGUGGCUCUCUGGGCUUUAGCCUACUCCCUCAUCAUCCUGGUGUCCAUCACUGGGAACGUCACAGUGAUCUGGAUCAUCCUCGCUCACAGACGCAUGAGGACGGUAACCAAUUACUUCAUCGUGAACCUGGCCUUCUCUGACGUUUCCAUGGCAACCUUUAACACUCUUUUCAACUUUGUCUACGCACUUCACAACGACUGGUACUUUGGCCUGGGUUACUGCAGGUUUCAGAACUUCUUCCCCAUCACAGCCAUGUUUUCGUCCAUAUACUCGAUGGCAGCCAUCGCAGUGGACAGGUACAUGGCCAUCAUCCACCCUCUGAAGCCUCGCCUCUCGUCCACCUCUACCAAGGUUGUGAUUGCUCUGAUAUGGAUCGUAGCCGUCUUACUGGCUUUCCCUCAGUGCUACUACAGUGUGACGAGGUUUUACUACCCCAGAACUGUGUGCAUGGUCGACUGGCCAGAUGAUUAUGGAGGCACACAUCAACUAAGUUACCAGUAUGCGGUGAUUUUGCUGAUCUACUUGCUCCCUCUGCUGGUGAUGCUGAUGACGUACAGUUUAGUUGGUCGAUCGCUGUGGGGUGGACACAUCCCUGGAGAGGCGUCGGACCACUACCACAGCCAGAUAACAGCCAAGAGAAAGGUGGUGAAAAUGAUGGUUGUGGUGGUGGUGACCUUUGCCCUCUGCUGGCUGCCCUACCAUAUCUACUUUAUUCUGGGAUCAUUUAACAAAGACAUUUAUAAGCAACAUUACAUUCAACAGGUGUAUCUGGCCAUAUUCUGGUUGGCCAUGAGUUCCACCAUGUACAAUCCUAUUAUUUACUGCUGUCUAAACCAAAGGUUUCGUGCUGGUUUCCGUCACGCCUUUGCUUGGUGUCCCUUCAUCAAAGUGUCGGAGGAGGACAAGAUGGAGCUGCAGCACACCCACACCUUCAGAGUCACCAUGACGCGAAGCCACCGCAACGACACUUCAUCCAUCAAAACAAACAAUGCGUAUGCCUCAAACACAGCCAAUGACCUCAACAUGGAGAGAGAUACAUGCGCGUCGCUUAAAAACCACUCCCACGGCACAUCCAAAGCACAUCUGGUGAAGAGGGUGGACGAUGCAAAAUCUUCAGCAGACAAGCUUUUGGAGGACGCCCACUGACUGCUGAAGCCUCGUGAUGAGGAUAAUCUCAAAGGGAAGACAAAGAUUUUCUGACAAGACAGACGAAAACCUGCUGACUUCCAUGGAUGGAGGUAAAUCAACUAUGACAUUCAUUAAUGUGGAAACUUUAAAGGAGUUGGGACCAUUGACAUUAUUUUAUUAAAGGCAGACAUGAAUGUAACUACAAAGCAGAUGGAGAGUUUUCUCUUAAGGCCAAACUGCUCAUAUGGACAUAUGAAAAUAUACACUGGAAAAAAAAAAAAGACUGUUCCUGAUGUUGCAACAUUUACUGCAAACGGGAAAGUCUUUCUUUUACUGCAGACCUUCCUUCUCUGUUGCUGCCUCAAAUUCUACAUCUUUUCUUUCAGCACUUUUAUUUUUCUUUGUCUUCUCUGUCUCAGCUUUGGACAUUUUGAUUGUUAUGGCAAAAUCUUACCGUGGUUACUGGUUUUCUAGUGCAUAAAGUGGAUUGUCAGUCCACUGGCAUCAGCAUCAAGCCUUAAUAUGUUGUUUAUGUCUUUUCUGACUUUUUUACGGGACUUCUAAGAUUCUCUCAUAGGAACUUCUAUUUUCAUUCCUUUCUUCAACAACUAUAAAGCACAAUAAUUAAAAUCAAUCGCUGGUUCCUGACAUAACACUGAAGUGCAUGUUAGCUCCUCUAAAUAGUCUGGGCUUGUCCAUUUUCAUGACUUUAUAUUUACUUUAAGAAGCCAACAUCUCUUUAAAGUUUGAGCUGGCAGCUGGCAACAACUUUUCAGUGACAGCAAAAACACCUGUUAUUUCUGCUUAUAAACACUGAUGCUAAGAUCUUCAUAAUAUUGGAUAUGUAAAGGGACAAUAGGCCUUCAAUAUCCUGGAUGAGCUUAAUUAUUGUGUGGUUUUGUAUGUUGCUGUAUAGCGCUAUGCUUUUCACAUUUUGUUACUGUAAGUUGCUGUUAUAUUGUGACUUUACUGGUUCAUGGAGCUGUGAUGUUUAUUUAGGUUCAGUCUACAGUAGAGUCUAAUUCAAUAAGUCAAAGUGCCACUACUGAGAAGAAUUAGAUGUGAUAUGUAAUACUCCCAUCUGUUAAAUAUAUUAUUAGAACAUAUGCUGAUGAAGAGGAAGUGUAAAUGAAACAGAUGGGUUUGAUGUUUAGAAUCAGGUUAUUAAGUUUUAAAUUCUGUAGCAUGUGAGUAUUAAGAUUUCAGAAUGCAGUAAAAAAAAAAAAAAAAAAAAGCUUUGAUUCUUUGUAACUUUUUGACUUGUUAAGUGCACACAGUGACAGCAUGAAACACCUGUAUUUGUCUAGACAAAAAAAGGGCAUUUGUUGUUUGCCAUUGACAAAAAGUCAAAAAUGUUUAACUAAUGUGGUAAUAAAAUUGCAAUGCAAAAACAA